CGGACAAGUAACUAUUGUAACGCAGCAUCGCGUAGACUACACGAACUUUUUUCUUCUUGUUGAACGACGACGGAUUUCUCCUUUGAGCACACAGCAUCCAUAUCAACUUUCAAGAAGAGCUACUUUGGAAAACUCACCUGCUUAAGCUUCUAUAAAGAACACAUCGUUCUGAAUUUGCGUUUCUUGGACCGUUAUGCAUCACCCAAGCAGUGCCUUGGUGAAGUUCAAGUGAAGUGAGACUAUUUCGUUCUCUGUAUAACGCGUACUCGUAUACUUUUUAGGAAAGAAAAUGCCAAGUGACUGCUUUCGGAAUAAGACAUUUGAAAGGACGAAAUGCAUCUAAACAUGAGUGAGAACAACUCCCCAGUGGACGACAGGGAACGAGACAGGCUUCCGCCUAUUUUUAAUCAUGGUUUGGAGCGUGGAUCCAAGCAGCCGUGUGCCUCCUAUGGAAACUUCUUCUCCUCCAUGAGUCAGAGGAGAGAAACAGCCGGCCACGGACUGUCUCUGCCGAUCAUCCUACCUGCCAUCAGACACGUGAGAGACCUCCCUCCGAUCUGUACGGGCGUGAAACAGAAGCAUCGCAUCUCCCUGGACAUUCUGCCCCCCGAAGUGAAAGCCCGCUUCGCCUGCGACCCCAUCAUCCCCCUGCGCACCAAAACAACCAAAGAGUUUCAGGAAGACAUAGAGAAGGCCAACCUCUCAGGUGACUGGAGGCACAUCCAUGACUUUUACUUGACCACGUUCGACUCCUUUCUGGAACUCAACGCAGCCUUUAAGAAAGAGGCGAACGCUCCAUUUAACACAACUGAAGACUCAGGAAUUAACACCAAAUUUGUCAACGCUGUUUACGACGCCAUACUCCAUACACCUCCAGAAACGCAGAAGGCCGUAUUAAAAGGCAUCAUUAAUAGCUUAUUAAGAGAAUGGAAAGGGCCACGGACAAAAGACGACCUGCGGGCCUAUUUUGUACUUGUUCAGAACCCACAGUAUACCAGCACAGCCACGUACGUCAUCUUUGCACACUUACUGAGAAAGAUCAGCUGCCUGGCAGAAGCCGACCACCAUUUCCUUCUGCACUGGUUCAAGAAGCUCUCUCCGAAGCGCUUCAAGCAGCUGGUGGAGCGGCUGCAGCUCUUCAUCAGCACGCGGCUCUUCCCCGCCCGGCCCGAGGAGCUGCCGCCCAUGACCAAGUGCUCGUGGUGGAUCCCUGCCGCCACCAAGGUCCUCUCCCUGCUCAAUGCAGCCAACAGCAUCGCCACUCCCCCCAUCCUCCCGUUCACGGACUUCUACAACCUCACGCUGGACCACACCGACGUUAUGGAGGACUAUCGCACCUGGCAGACCCACGGCAACUCCAACAGGUUCUCCUUCUGCCAGUUCCCCUUCAUCCUCUCCGCUGUGGUCAAGAAAGGCCUCCUCCAGAGGGACUCCGAGCAACAGAUGAUCAGCAUGGCCAGGCAAACGCUGGUGGAUAAGGUCUCGCGCAGACAGCGUGUGGACAUGAGUCUGCUCUUCCUCAACAUUAAAGUCAGACGCCUGCAGCUGGUCAGCGACUCUCUGGAUGAGCUCGCAAGAAAGCGGGCGGACCUGAAAAAAAAGCUGAAAGUGACGUUUGUUGGCGAGGCGGGCCUGGACAUGGGCGGCCUGACAAAGGAGUGGUUUCUCCUCCUGAUUCGACAGAUUUUUCACACAGACUACGGCAUGUUUAUGUACGUCAAGGAGUCCCAGUAUCACUGGUUCAGCAACUGGAACUGUGACAACUGCUCCGAGUUUCGCCUGGUCGGAUCCCUGAUGGGCCUGGCCUUGUACAACAGCAUCACGCUGGACAUCCGUUUCCCCCCCUGCGUCUACAAGAAGCUGCUGACCCCCCCCACCGUGCCCUGCGACCCCGACGCCCCCGUGGGCAUGGCCUCCCUCACCCUGGACGACCUGCAGCAGAUCAUGCCGGAUCUUGCCCAUGGUCUGGCAGAACUUCUGAGCUACGAGGGCAACGUGGAAGAGGACUUCUACACCACUUUCCAGGUUUUUCAGGAAGAGAUGGGUGUCAUCAAAGCGUAUAAUCUCAAACCUGGCGGCGAUAAGAUUCCAGUGACCAACACGAAUAGAAAAGAGUACGUCCAGCUGUACAUUGACUUCCUGCUGAAUAAGUCCAUUGAGAAGCCCUUCGCCGCCUUCUACCACGGCUUCCACAGCGUGUGCGCCUCCGACGCCAUCAUGCUGCUGCGACCGGAGGAGGUGGAGGUGUUGGUGUGCGGAAGCCCCAAUCUGGACAUGGUGUCGCUGCAGCGGGUGGCCCAGUAUGAGGGCUACAGCAAGACGGACCCCACCAUCCGAGCAUUCUGGGACGUGGUUCUGGCGUUCCCUCUGGAGCUGCAGAAACGCCUCCUCCACUUCUGCACAGGAAGUGACCGCGUGCCCGUGGGAGGCAUGGCCGACCUCAACUUCAAGAUCACCAAGAACGACGUCUCGACCGACUGGCUGCCAGUGUCCCACACGUGUUUCAACCAGAUCUGCCUACCUCCCUACAAAAGCAAGAAAGAACUGAGACAAAAGUUAACCAUUGCCAUCUCCAACGCUGAGGGCUUUGGCCUGGAGUGAAGUUGAAGUUGAUGUUCAUAGAAGGUCAACAUCAGAAGAUCUCCAGCCACUUCUUGUACGUCAAUAAACGCUAAUAGGUGCGACACAUUUAGUCCUCUCUGACAGAAAAUGUGCGGAAUGGCCCGGAGGCUACCGAGAGAAUCCAACAAUCUCCACGUUCACAACUUUCACACUAGAGUUUAUUUAAGGUUUUUGAGGUUUUUUUGUUUUGUUUUGUGUUGUUUUAUUUUUUUUCCAUUUUUUGACCUCUGACCUCUGUAAAGCCCACAUUUCUCUAGGAGGACAGCCACCGGGCACCAUUGUUUCUGUUACGAAGUGAUACCUUGAUUUGCUUA